AUAUUGCUCAAAAAUACGUUUUGAUCGUGAUCUGCUUGCAUCACAGAUGUAAUUGUGACGUAGUCAUUGUCGAUCUAAAUAUAAAUUUAAAGUCUUCUGUGAUAACGUACAUACAUCCAACAAUCAAUUAUAAUUUAGAGCUUUACUGUAUAUCCUUGGAUCUAUGCAAUGAUGAGUUUAAUGAUAUGGUGGUUAUUGUGGCUGUUAUUUGGUCAAGGAUUCACGAUGAAAAUGGGUUGGAAUGAAAAGCUUGAGUUUUGUGAGGAAGAAUGGAAGAAAUUUGUGGCGGAAAAAAUCGAAAUCGAUUCAAAAUGCAACAAUACUCGUACACGUUGUUGUGUUGAGGAGAAGAAAUAUCUUUUGGAGCGAUUUAAAAUGUUUAGUGAAAUAUGUCCUCUUGAAGGGACAUGUGGAUGCAGCCCGCUUAUUAUGAACGUUACUGCGCCAUUCUACGGAUAUCGUUAUUCUCUUUAUUCUCCAUCCGCAAAAUGGAAAGAACCAGAAAACUUCACGUGUUCACAUAAGUACAUAAUUGAAAGAGUAGAAAAGUAUUAUCUUACACGUUUUACUCGCUUUGGAAUCGGACAACACUUUUUCCCUUACAAGUAUGUUUUAUACGGUGGAAAAAGUCACACUUGUUAUGUUGUCAUCAACGCGAACCCAAAACGACAAGGAAAACCUACAGUGGUGAUUAAUUGUUCAACUCCUCUGGUUGUGAGUAAAGGUGAUAAUGUGUCAUGUGUAUGUAGAGGUGAAGGAGGUGACCCUCCUGCUAAUGUCACAUGGUUUGAUAAAAAUAACAACAUAAUUGGUGAUGUUGGAGUUGUAAAUAAGACAUUAGUAAUCACUAAUGUUACAUUGAAUGAUGGUGGAAGUUACAAAUGUAAAGCACAAAGUUAUGAUGAUCCAGGUUUCAGAGAUCAAAAAUCCAUUGAAAUACAAGUAAAAUUUAAACCAACAGUGUCGAUUAACUGUUCAUCUCCUCUGUAUGUGAAUGAAAAUGAUAGUGUGUCAUGUGUAUGUAGAGGUGAAGGAGGUAACCCUCCUGCUAACGUCACAUGGUUUGAUAAAGAUAACACAACAGUUCGUGGAUUUGGAGUUGAAAAUGCGACUUUAGUAAUCACAAAUGUUACAGUGAAUGAUAAUGGAAGUUACAGAUGUAAAGCACAAAGUUAUGAUGAUCCAGGUUUCAGAGAUCAAAAAUCCAUUGAAAUACAAGUAAAAUUCAAACCAACAGUGUCGAUUAACUGUUCAUCUCCUCUGUAUGUGAAUGAAAGUGAUAGCGUGUCAUGUGUAUGUAGAGGUGAAGGAGGUAACCCUCCUGCUAAUGUCACAUGGUUUGAUAAAGAUAACGGAACAGGUCGUGAAUUUGGAGUUGAAAGUGCGACUUUAGUAAUCACUGGUGCCUCACCAAAUGAUCGUGGAAGUUACAGAUGUAAAGCUGAAAGUUUUAAUGAUACACGUUUCAUUGACGAAAAAUCCAUUGAAAUAAUAGUGAAUUAUCGACCAAGAAAUACGACCAUAACCAUAUCAAAAAUAAAUCCAAAAAUUGAUGAAAGUGUGAAUAAAACCUGUGAAUCAGAUGGUUUUCCUCCGCCAACCUUCAUUAUUCUUCGUAAUAAUGAUUUUUUCAGCAGUGGAAAGACGUACACCAUUAAAUCUGUCAACAUCAGUCACAAUGCUUCAUAUCAUUGUGAAGCCAAGAAUAAACUGGGAAAUCAUUGGUCUGAUUCUCUAAGUCUCAAAGUUGUUAACGAAGAUAAAGAUCCCACUGCCGACGAAGGUAAAAUUAAGAACCUCAGUUUAUUACUUGUUGGACUUUUAUUUUGCAUUAUGUACGAACUUUCUUGGUAGCAAAAGGUGAAAGACCGAUGUUUAUCUUAUUGUAAUUAGCAUUAGACUUCUGGAAUGCACUUGAAUACCCUUAUAACAAUAAAAUUUCAGUAAACAACGAAGAUUGCUCUGUUUACAUAACUUUUUACUGGCUCGUGUGGUAAAGCAAAGACUGGCAAUGUCUGCAUGCUGCAUUAACCAUAACAUUUUUUUCUAUGAAUAUAUAUUCCUCAAUGACUUUCAGUAAAAAUAUGUUUAACUUAUCUGUAUUUCCCAGUAUAAUCAUUAAAGUGUUUAUAAACGUAAA